UAAUAUCAUGUGGUCGCUUUGGCUAUUAUCCAUAGCCCCAGGUCUUGUCAUGUCAGCACAGUUUAAGAUUCCCACGAAGUUCUGGCAUGAUAUUCAAAGUCAAGUACAAACUUUCCACCUCAAUUGCCCGAAUGGCUGGCUAACCAUCACCGACCAAACCGGUUAUGAAGAAGUAUCCUUGCAAACCCCGAGAAUGGUCUGGGAUCAAGCCCCAAAAAGAUCCCUUCCUGUCGAUACAUUUUGUGCCCUAACCGUAAUGAAUGGUUUGACUCUGACACGAACUAAGAGAUUUCUACAACGAGUAAAACCAUACCGUGACGGCGUAACCGUUUUAUUGACCGAUGGCUCGAUAUCCAAAGCCGGUUGGUUGAAAAUGGCUUCAGAGACCCAUUAUGCUUUCUUUGUGGCUCUAUUGAAUGGAACCAUUCGAGGAACUAUUUCGUUGAUUUGUCCUUUCGUUGAAGAUCAUGCCACCGAUAUCGAAAUCCAAUGGAAUGAACAACUUGGUUUCCAUGAUGAUAUUCCACAAGUAAUGAUAGCCCAAUGUUAUCAUAAAUUCGAUGUUUAUUGGCCAAUAGUCUACCGGGAAGUUCAUCCUAUGACAGUUAUCCCGCCGGACAAUCCAGAGCAAGUUACAGGAUUUGAGAGCGAUUUUGUGAAUUUGAUCAAAGAGCGCCUACAUAUCACCACUCCGUUCAUCCAAGAUAAUGGCAGUUUGCCAAGUAUGCCCAAUGGGCAACGAAUCCCAUCGAUUAUACACUCGCUAUAUUCCUACGAGGCUCGGAUGAUUUUUGGUGCCACACCCGCCCAUAUUAACUUUUAUACCUUUGGGGACCCAUCCGUUACCAUUUACACGUCAACGCCACAUUAUUGCUCAAGGGUACCGCAGCCAUUGCCAAAUUAUCAGAACCUGCUGAAGGUGUUUCCCUUAAAUGUGUGGUUAAUCAUGCUUUGGACCAACUUGAUCUGCUCCUUGGUGAUGUACGGCAUAUAUCGUUUCUAUGCCUCGCACGAUAUUAUGAUUUAUGCAACGAUUGGGUCGAUGAAGGCCAGAAUGGUGGAUUUUCUGGUUCGGAUCAAUAUUGGCAUCAUGGAACCCGAUGCUAUUCCUUGGUUCAAGACGCAUUCUGCUGGGAGCCUCUUUUCCGGAGCAUUUUGCAUCUAUGCCACUUUCCUGGGCUUCUUCUACACCUCAAUGUUCUUGGCCACCUUGGUCUCAGUGGAACGUGAACCGCCAAUCAAUAGUGCCAGUGAUGCUUUGGCCAGAGGCGCGAAUGUGUACAUCAAUAAGUUGUUGAGUAUGGCCAGGUGA